UUUUUUUUACACCUUUACAUGCCAUAGCCUACUGACAACACACGGUGUAUCUGCGUAUUGAAGCUACCUUACUUAAAAUACAACAUAAACUCAAAAAAAUCUCCAUUUUCAAAUGCGUUUCUCUUAGACGCAGCAUCAUCAAUAAAAACGUUCAGGUUCGCAGACCGUCAUGUGUGGCGUACUAAAAGUCUAAAUGCUUUAUUUUCUCGGUGUGUGCUGCGUGGUUGUUUAACCAACAGUUCCCCUCGCGGCUUCAUAAAUAAUGAGAGUGGACGGAGGGGAGCUGCAGCUGAUUUGCUGAUGUCAGGGGGAGCCAGUGCUGCAUUUCAUGGUGCAGGGUGGAAACGCGCGCUGCCAUCUGCCUCUAUCGGCGCUCUCAGCAAACCUCACACAUGCAAGCCCGGCAAGAAAGAUGCUGCCAACUCUCAAGAUUUGGGCAUUGUUUUCUCUGUCGCUCUGCUUCUUAUGUCAACCGGCUCAUUUGAAGAAGGGUUUUCGAUGUCCUUCAACAUGCAGCUGCUCCAGGGAGUCUAUCAUUUGCGUCGGGUCCUCCUAUGUCCCAAGGAUUUCCCCCAACGACGUCAAUUCUUUGAGUAUCGUCAAUGGGACUUUUUCGGAGGUCAAAGAGGCAAUGUUUGCUCACAUGCCUUCUCUCCAGCUACUGCUUCUGAAUUCUAAUUCUCUAACAACAGUAAGGGAUGAUGCAUUCGCAGGCCUUCCACAUCUGGAGUAUCUGUUCAUUGAGAGUAAUAAAUUAGAGGCGACGUCCAGAUAUGCCUUCAGAGGACUCAGGGACUUGACUCAUUUGUCUUUGGCAAACAACAACAUUAAAGCGUUGCCCAGGGACAUCUUCAGUGAUUUGGAUUCACUGAUAGAGCUGGACCUUCGAGGCAAUGCCUUUGAGUGCGACUGCCGUGCCAAGUGGCUUAUGACGUGGCUGAAGAACACCAAUGCCACAGUGUCGGAUGUCAUAUGUGCCGGACCGGAGGACAUGAAGGACAAGCGUCUCAAUGAUAUGACCAGUCUGCACAAUGAGUGCACCUCAACCGAUUUUGUACUCCACCAGUCGGUCGCUUCAGAGUCCCUGUCUGUUGACACAUUCAGCUAUAAGAACGACGUCUACGUGACUAUUGCUGCUCCCAGCACAGACAGCUGUAUGGUUUACCAAUGGGACCACAUAGAAAUGAACUUCAGGACUUAUGAUAACAUUACAGGUCAGUCCAUUGUAGGGUGCAAGUCAGUUGUCAUCCUGGACCAGGUUUUUGUCAUUGUGGCGCAGCUCUUUGGUGGUUCUCACAUCUACAAGUUUGAUGAGGACCAAAGCAGGUUCAGCAAGUUCCAGGAGAUAGAGGUGUCCAAGAUCUCCAAGCCCAAUGACAUCGAGGCAUUCCAGAUUGGUUCUGACUCCUUCUUUGUGAUUGCUGACAGCUCCAAAGCAGGCCUGUCCACCCUUUACAAGUGGAACGAUAAGGGCUUUUAUUCAUAUCAGUCGCUGCAUGAAUGGUACCGUGACACCGAUGCAGAAUUCUUGGACUUGGAUGGGAAGGCCCACCUUGUCUUGGCAAGCCGCUCACAAGUUCCCGUGAUCUACCAGUGGAGCCGGAGCAACCAGAAGUUUGUCCUGCAGGGCGAGAUCCCCAACAUGGAGGAUGUUGUAGCUGUUAAGCACUUCCGGAUCAAGGAGGAACUUUACCUGGCCAUGACACGUUAUAUUGGCGACUCCAAAGUUCUGCGUUGGGGCGCCAAACAGUUUGCAGAGAUCCAGGCCUUACCCUCAAGGGGGUCCAUGAUUCUUCAGCCGUUCUCUUUCAAAGAGCGCUACUACCUUGCCCUGGGAAGCGAUUACACAUUUUCACAGAUCUACCUGUGGGACGACGAGGAGAAACUCUUUGACCGCUUCAAGGAGGUUUACAUCCAGGCACCGCGCUCCUUCACUGUGGUUUCCACUGACCGCAGGGACUUCAUCUUCACCUCAAGCUUCAAGGGAAACACACAGAUCUUUGAGCACGUCAUCAUAGACUUGAGCUUGUGAGGGGCUCUGCCUUAUAUUCCUUUCUGCAAUCAGACGUCUUCCACUACAAGAUAUAUUUUCAAAGGUAAAGAAAGGACCAGACUUAAUGAACUCUUAUCGUUUUGAUUCCUAGUUAGUGUUUUGUCGCGAAUAAGAGCUGGUUCAGUAGUGCUUGGAAUAGCUUCCUUAGUACCUUUUAGGUAUUCUUCUGAGGAAUGGAAAGAUUCGAAAUACAGUUUGGUGUUUUUGGAUGUACAGCUUUCAUUGUGUUAAUGGUUUAAUACCCCUAAAAAUGUACACCAGGACCUUGAGAGAGAUCAUUUUGCCUCUUGAAGGUGUUCCAGGUGUGGUUGCCCCUUACCUCAUGUCCUCAUACCCUGUGGUAAUGUUCAGUAUGUUGCCUUAUCAGCACUGGGGAUCUGUGUUCUGAUGGGCCCACAGUGCCUCUCUCUGGCCGUGAUAGAGUAUCACACCCCUUUGCUUUUUUGAAACAGGGAAUGUCAUGAAAGCACAAACCUUUAAAUAUAUUCAAGUGAGACCCCAGCCCUUACAGUGUAGGUAUCACAUGAAAAUGUUACUGUAGGUGCUAUAGAUUAUAUUGCGUACAGUAAAUACAAAAAAGAACAAAAUUUAAGACUAAUGCUAUUUCAGAUAAGCAUAAAUGAUAGCUUCCCAUUUUCAUGUAGUUCAGAGUGCUAGAAGUGGAAAAGCAGACACAAGUUCUUUUAUCCAUUCAGUGUUCAGGGAAAUAAAAUAUACUAACACCAUGUUUAAACAAUUACCACAAUUAUUGGAUCAUAAUUAGACUUUCAUUUUGGGCUGGAACUUUAAAAAAAAAAAUCUCACUGCAGAAAUCUGUGAACUCUGAUUUAUAACAUUUGAUAAGGUGAGAUAAUUUGUCUGAAGAUAAAGAGAACAAGAGGUUUAUUUUAUGUAAAUAUAUAUGUCAACUCGAGUUGAGAGGCCUUUUUGGUCUCUCUUUCUGUUCUUUGAAAAUACUGAAUGUUAACUAGCAAGCUCUGACAUGUACAUAAAACAAGGACUGCAAUGCCACUACCUGUUUGUCACAAAAAAAAAGGGUCUGGACGGAUCUUUGCACUUACUUUCAAAUAAUUCAAACGUUACUGCAGCCUGCAAGAGCAUGAAAUACAAAAAAAAAGGUGUUUGCCAAAUUCAUUUUUUUGAUGAACCUAUCAGACUGAGAAGUCUUAAAGUGCAUCUUUACUCUUUGAUUGAAUGGUAUUGCAACAACAACAAAAAAAAGGAAUACAGUAUGCAAGCUUUACCACAUGCCGAUUCUUUUGUAAGAAUUUGUUUAAUGCAUAUUGAAUGUUACUCUCAAGAUACACUGUAAAUUUAGUCAUUUGAAUUUCAAAAUAAAUGUUUAAAAG